AUGCAGAAUCUUAUAAACAAGCUGACUGGACUAUUCGGGGUGACUGAGAAGGAGUCAGAAGCAAUGAUCAGGAAAGCAUUAAAAUCAACCACACCAGAAGAAGAUUUACUGGAUUUAGUGGGAGAAUCUUCGAUAGAGGAUAUAGUGACGGUCUUAGCAGAGGGCAAGAAGAAGGAGAAGACAUUCACAGUGACACACCAAGUCCUGAGCGUAGAUGAGAAGUUAGAUAAGAUAUUCGCACCAAAGCUUAAAAGAGUCAGUACAGAAUAUUAUGACGAGUACAUCAUGGAGUCACCUGCGCCGAGUACUUCUGUUGAAAGGGUUUCUGUGCAGGAGGUCUCUGAGCGGUACAGGAAAGUGUUCAGUUCGGGUUAUAAAGAGUUUAAUCAAGUACAGUCUUCUGUGUUUGAUAGUGUAUACAGGACAAAAGAGAACGUACUCGUAUGUGCACCUACAGGUGCUGGUAAGACCGAUAUAGCACUACUUUCAAUAGUAAAGCAGUUAGAGGGUCGAAGCCAUUCGGAUAAAAGCAAGAUAAUAUACAUUGCACCUAUGAAAGCACUUGCGUCGGAAAUAACUAAUAAGUUUAGGCAUAGAUUGCCUGUAUUUGUGAGUGAGUAUACGGGGGAUAUGGAACUAACAAAGGAAGAAUUAGAGAAAAGUACGGUUUUAGUGUGUACUCCAGAGAAGUACGACGUAUCCACCAGGAAGAUAUCUUCAUUUCUGUUAUCACACACAUCACUGAUUAUUCUGGAUGAGAUCCAUAUUCUGAAUGACAGCAGAGGACCGACUAUUGAAGCGAUUGUGAGCAGACUAAAACUAGCCUCAGAGAAGUGUCAGAAACAGAUUCGUAUGGUUGGGAUAUCUGCAACACUUCCCAAUCCAAAGGAUAUAGGAGACUUUCUUAUGGUGAAUAAAAAGCACAUGCACGUAUUCGGGCCAGGAGACAGACCGGUUCCAAUUACGUACUCUGUGAUAGGAACAAGGAAAACUGUUGAUGUAAGUGCUAAUAACAUGACAAAAAGACUGGAUACAAGAGAGAAAAUGAUUUAUGUACUGAAGGAAAGGGUUAAUAAGGUACUUAAUGAGCACCAUCAAGUGAUUGUAUUUGUACACACUCGUGGGAACACUCUUGCACUUGCUAAUAUACUCUCUGAGGAUAUAGAACCAGAUGAGAUCAAAGCAGAAGAAGCAGAAAGUGCAGGGAUUACAGGGGAAAUGAAAGAUGUUUAUUCAAAGGGAAUGUUUAUACACAAUGCAGGCCUUCCCAGGAGCAUAAGAGAAUUCGCAGAGGAGAAAUUCAGACAGAAAAAAGUGAAAGUCCUUGUAAGUACAUCUACACUUGCCUGGGGAGUAAAUCUGCCUGCAAGAGCUGUGAUCAUAUUCGGUACUGAAAUAUACGUGGUAGAAAAGGGUGGGUACAUAAACAUAGACAUCUUAAAUAUUCAGCAAAUGUUCGGCAGAGCAGGAAGACCGCAGUACGACACAGUCGCAGAAGGUGUACUAAUCACAGACCAUAAAUCUCUAUCAACGUACGUUAGGAUGUUACGUGUAGAGGACCCAAUUGAAAGUGAUUUAUUAAAAACCCUCCCAGAAAAGCUUUCAACAGAAAUCUACUUAAGGAAUAUAAAAGACCGAUCAGAUGCAGUCAAAUGGUUUAAAACCACGUUCCUAUUUAUUCGUAUGAACAGAGUACCAGAGAAGUAUGGAAUCAUACCAUCACAGAUAUCUGGUCUUAUUUCUGAUUAUAUACUGCUGUCAUUUGACAGAUUAAAAGAACUAAAGCUGAUCAGAGAGUGUGACUCCAGUAAAAUCAUUCUAACAACAGAUUUAGGAAGAAUAAUUAGUCAUUAUUUCCUAUCAGAAUCAACACUCACUGAAUGGGAUAAUCUCUCAAAUGAAAAAUCCGUUAUAACGUACUUAUCAAAAUCUGAUGAGUACAAAAAUAUUCUAAUCAGGAGUGAAGACAGGAAAGGCCUCGGUAUAAGAAAUGACCAAGAAGAGCUGACAGUAGAAAAAAAAAUAGAAAUUUUAAUUUCUAAGCACAUUCAGAAUAGAAAAUUAAAAGGGCAUUCUCUUGUUAUAGACCAAAAGUAUAUUUUAGAGAACAUUGAAAGAAUAUUAGGGGGCCUAUCAGAAUAUUUUUUAUAUUUACGGGAUUAUAAAAAUGCGUAUAAUACGCUUUAUAUGAGAAGGCAGUUAAUGAAAGGGGUUAAAACAGAGAUAAUGGAUGUAGAUAUAAUAAGCAAUAAGCACAGUUUAUUAUUGAGUAGGCCUGUAUCUGGGUAUAUUAUAAUAAGGAGUCACAAGGAGUUAAUAAAAAUAGUGAAGAUAGAGCAGGAGAGGGACUGUUAUAUGACGCAUAACAUAAGGAGAGUAUCGAAUAUAACAAAAAUAUCAAGUAAGGAGGUAUUUACUGGAAGGUUAGAGAUAAUUCCUGUUAGGGAGUAUUCUACUGAUGAAUUAUGGCUAGUAGACAGUGCACUUUCUUAUAUUUCUGGGUACAGGAUAGAGUAUGAGGAUAAUGAAGAUUCUGAGCAAUUUGAGAGUCCACGGUCAUUUGACAGGAAAAUUCAGUUUAAGAGAACUGACAGUGUGAUAAUAGAAGAAGUACCAAAUGUGAACCGAAAGGAGUUUUAUGCUUUAGUCAGGAUUCUUAUAUACGAAAGAAUCAAAGAAAUCCGCCAGAGAAAGAAUGAUAAGAUAAUAAUUAUAGUAAAGGACCAGGAGGAAGAAGAGAACUAUCUUACAGAGUAUCAGAGACUAUCAUUUAUUGAUAAUGUAUCGUUUGAGAAGGACAGACUUUGUUUUUCUUCUACUAAUGGGAUAUACAGGAUUAGUAAUACAAUGAAUGAUUCAUGGACUAUUGGGAUAUGCUCAGUUGACAGACUACGACAAGUAAUUGGGAAGUAUGGGAACAGUCUUUAUAUAUUCAACGGGUUUACUAAAAAGCACCGGAUAUAUUCUGAAUCUAUCCUAAGAAUGAUUAACACAAACGUAUUAAUAUACGAAAAGCCAAAUGUAUCAGAUUAUAUCAAGCAGAGGUAUUUAUAAUUAAAAAUAGAAUUAUAGGAUGCCUUAAGACAAUCUGUUAUUUCCUUAAAAGUAC